UGGCUGACACAUAGCCAAUACUACCCAAAAGAUCCCAAUCAUUACAAAAGAUCACAAAAUACUGUUCCUUACGGCUAUGGACCGAAGGGUAAACUUCUAGACUAGUUCAAGUAUUUCCACUAGAGUUAUUCUUUCCCUUUGACUUCCUCUGAUAUGUCUUAGGAAAAUAACAGACCCUAUCAGUUCCUUUUUGUGGUUUCUACUUCAGUCUUUAGUGUUAUCAUUCUUAUCUUUAUUGUGCUGAGCUUCCUGUGUCACCUUGGAUUUGUACGAUCUGUCCAGUCCUGUAAGAAUCAAGAAUGUUUUGAAUUUUCUGAAAUUUUAGCUCUAUGAUAUUUCCUCUCUCAACUUUUCUCUAAUCAUUGUGUUUUGUCAUAAUAGUAUGAGGAAACUGGGAAAGUCGCUGACUCAAUGCUUGUAAAUACUGCAUUAAUGCUGGUGUAUGUUAGCAAGUUUUUCUGGUGGGAAGCUGGAUAUUGGAACACAAUGGAUAUUGCUCAUGACCGAGCGGGUUUUUAUAUUUGCUGGGGCUGCUUGGUGUGGGUUCCAUCUGUUUAUACAUCUCCUGGAAUGUACCUUGUCAACCAUCCUGUAAAUCUUGGCACUCAGCUUGCAAUCUUUAUUCUUGUGGCUGGCAUUCUCUGCAUAUACAUCAACUAUGAUUGUGAUAGGCAAAGACAAGAAUUUCGUCGGACAAAUGGGAAAUGCUUAGUCUGGGGAAAACCUCCAUUAAAGAUAGAGGCCUCCUAUACCACCACGACUGGUGAAACAAAAACCAGCCUUCUUUUAACAUCCGGAUGGUGGGGUUUAUCUCGUCAUUUCCAUUAUGUCCCAGAAAUACUUUCUGCUUUCUUUUGGACAGUUCCUGCUCUAUUCAAUCACUUUUUGCCCUACUUCUAUGUGAUAUUUCUUACCAUCCUUCUCUUUGAUCGAGCGAAAAGGGAUGAUGAUCGGUGUAAAUCCAAGUAUGGUAAGUACUGGAAAUUAUAUUGCAACAAGGUGCCUAGCAAAAUCAUUCCGGGAAUCUACUGAAGAAGGAUGCUGAUUAUUGCAAUGUUUGGUACCUGAAGUGUUUUCUAGAAAAGAAAUAGGAAAUGUACCUGGAAAGAAAAUGAGAUAGGUGCAUUUUUUAUUUCCUUCUUAUAAAAUAUUUUUCUGCAUACCAAACAUUACAUAAGGGUUUUUACUUGGACCUUAACUUCGUGGCUUUUUUGCCAUGUGUACCUAUUUUGUCUUGAUGCCCUUGUUUCCCAUACUUAAUUUAAAUGCAUGGGGGAUUUCAUCCCUAAGACGGUCAUCAAGCCUAGUUUUAAGCAUGUGUUCUAACUUUCAAUGAUUAGUUGUAGUCUUUUU